AUGGCGGUGGUGGAGAAAGGAAAGGUUUGCGUAACCGGUGCCGGAGGAUUUCUCGCUUCGUGGGUCGUCGAUCUUCUCCUCUCUAAGGAUUACUUCGUCCAUGGCACUGUCAGAGACCCUGGUACUUUCCCCUCUUCCCCAUCUAAUCUAUCUGAUCUCUACUUGAUCGGAGAACUGAUAAGAUUCGAAUUCGUAGCUCAUCUGCGUGUAUGUGAUACUAGAAGUCAGUGGGCUAAGUUGAGAUUCGCGGAUGAUUCUUUAGUAGUUUAUCAGAUUUUAGCUUCUGGGUUUGUUUGCUAUAGUGAAAAGUAUUCUCAUUUGAAGAAGCUCGAGAAAGCCGGUGACAAACUCAAGCUCUUCAAGGCUGAUUUGCUGGACUACGGGUCUCUUCAAGCUGCGAUUUCAGGUUGCAGUGGCGUCUUCCAUGUCGCAAGCCCAGUUCCACCAUCUUCAGUCCCAAAUCCUGAGGUAGAAGUGAUGGCACCCGCUGUGGAAGGCACGCGGAAUGUGCUUAAGGCAUGCGUGGAAGCAAAUGUUAAGCGUGUUGUGUAUGUUUCCUCUGCAGCUGCACUUAUAAUGAACCCUGUUUGGUCAAAGAAUCAAGUGUUAGAUGAGUCCUGUUGGUCUGACCUAGAGUUUUGCAGGAAAACUGAGAACUGGUAUUGUGCGUCAAAGACACAAGCGGAAAGUGAAGCUUUCGAAUUUGCAAAACGAACCGGGAUUGAUCUCGUCAGCAUUUGCCCUACCAUGGUCUUUGGACCCGUACUGCAGCAGCACACAGUAAACGCUAGUACCCUUGCUCUUGCCAAGCUUCUUAAAGAGGGUUUUGAAUCACGGGAGAACCAAGUGCGUCUUGUGGUAGAUGUGCGUGAUGUGGCUGGAGCUUUACUUUUGGUUUAUGAGAAAGCAGAAGCUGAAGGAAGAUACAUAUGCGUAGCACACAAGGUUAAAGAACAGGAUUUGGUUGAGAAGCUGAAGAGUCUUUACCCAAACUACAACUACCCAAAGAGAUUCGUCGAAGUGGAAGAAAGGGCAACGAUGAGUUCAGAGAAAUUGCAGAAAUUGGGUUGGAGUUUCCGGCCGUUGGAGGAAACACUUGUGGAUUCGGUAGAGAGCUAUCGGAAAGCUAAGAUUGUGGACUGA